AGCGCAAGCAGAACCAGCAGCAACGAUGAGGUCGACACUACGUGCAUGACCAGACCUCCAUCACGUACCGACACCCAUAUGGCAUCGCUUGCAGCCUCGCCUACUGUCACUAUUUCGAUCGCCGGCCUUGAGGGCUCGUCGUCGUCCUCCUCCUCCUCCGUGCCACCGGCAUAUGGAUUAAGAUUUGCCCGAUACUAUCUGGACGAGAUUGUCUCGCCCAGCGGUGCACCUUUCUUUUCUGCCGACCAUCAGAACUGGAUUCGCCGGUGUACGGGACAGACUGACGUCUUCUCCAAUCUGUCGAGGCUCGAUUCAUCCGGCUGUGCCGGAGGCGACUUCUACUCGGCUGAUUACAAUCAGGUCAAACUGCCGUCCCGACAUGUCGUCGACGACUAUCUGCAGAUGUUCCGGGCGACUCCCUUCCGACUCGUCUUCCCCAUCGUCGACGGUGUCUUAUUUCAAGAAACCAUCUGUCAGGCUUACGAUCCGCACCAUGCAGCCAACCCAGCAGCCCAGGCCUGUGUCUUCUCUUUCCUUGCUAUCAUUACCCACACCGAAUGGAGCCUGCGCAACACGGCCGUCAUCAUUGAUAGCGAGGCAUGCGUUUGGCAGGCCCAGCGCCUGAUGCCCCUGGCCCAAGCGAGCCAGGACAUUACGGGACUCCAAACUUGCCUUAUGCAGUGCAUGUAUCACCUCUUCUACGGCAAGAUUCAGAGGGCCUCAAUGGCCCUUGCUCUUACCAGUCGCCUGUUGUUUGCGUUGGGAGCACACAGGCAGCCCAGCGCAGGCAGCGAUGCGCCCGAGCAGCAAAGCCGAACAGAAAGCCACGCGCGCAAGCUUUUCUGGCUCUGCUAUACCUUUGACAAGAUCGUGGCGCUUCGGACCAGCCAGCCUCCCUGCAUCAAUGACGAGCACUGCGACCUGACACUACCUCGGGGUUAUGUAGAGGGGCUAUACGUUGACCACAAUGACAUUAGUAGCAGCAGCAGUAGUAGCGGCGCCCUCUGCUGCCUGCCGGGGGAUUUACGGCUGAGCAUUAUCAAGUCCAAGGCCUGCAGACUGCUAUACUCGAUCCGCCUACAGCAACAUCACCGCCCGACCCUCAAUGCUGGGUUGCUGCGUGAAGUGCGCGAGCUUGACAGUGAGCUGGAGCGGUGGCGUCUCUCCAUCCCGGCCCGGUUCCGGCCCAUGCUGCUCGGCCGGAGCUACGGCGGCAACAACAACAGCGCCUGGUGGCUCGACCCAGCUUUGGACGCCAGCCAAAUGAUGCACGUCAUGGUGCUGCACUUUGAGUACCAGCACCUUGUGGCCGCUCUGCACCGAGACGCGAGCCCAUGGCCCACCUGGGGAAGCGAAGCAACCGUAUCAACGGCGGCGACCUUACCAUUAGGGUCUAGUCAAAGUCAGACCUUGUCGAUCGAGGCCAGCCGGUCUUGUCUAACGUACUUUCGCGAUGCUGCUCCUUCCCUGAUGGGAGCUGCCUUUUGGAUGCUACUCUUCUACCCCGUAUCUGCAGUAGUCACUGUGUUUUUCCAUCUGUUGCGAAAUCCACUGGGCGAUCAGUCGGUAGAUGACCUCAGACUCCUCGAGUCCAUCCCGAACUUCGUGAGCGUGGACCGUGCCAGAAGUUCGAUCCCACCCCAUGGGCUCGACUUGAACACGGUUGAUGAUUUUGUGGCUGAGGUGAUCCGAUUGUCCAAGUGUGCUAUGACUAUGGCCGCCCACGUCAAGUAUCUUAGGUAGACCACAUGUGUGUUUGUCGAUGACGCUUAACAUCCUGAAGAGGUGGGAAUGAUCCGUGUUUGUAUGGGUCAACAAUAGGCACUGGCUUUGCUGGAUCUUAAGAAUGAAUGACACCAGUAGAUAAUGGACAACAACUUAGACAGACGAAACGCAAGCCGUCCACAACACCUCCUCAUAUGGCCCCACCGCCGAUGUCGGGUACCGCACUGGGCACGCGGCAGGCAGCCGAACCGGCCGAGCUGUCGACGUCUAUCCGAACUU